CAUGUUCUGGAAGUUUGACCUGCACUCCAGCUCGCACAUCGAGACGCUGCUGGAGCGCGCCGACCUGACGCUGCGGGAGCUGCUGGAUGAGGACGAUGUGCUGCAGGAGUGCAAGGUGGUGAACCGCCGGCUGCUGGACUUCCUGGUGCAGCCGCAGCACAUGGAGGCGCUGGUGACCUGCGUGACCGAGGAGCCCCCUGCCGAGCUGGACGAGCGGCUGCGCUACAAGUACCCCAGCGUGUCGUGCGAGAUCCUGACGUCGGACGUGAGCCCCAUCACGGACGCGCUGGGCGAGGACGAGGGGCUGCUGCGGCGUCUCUACGGCUUCCUGCAGGGCCACGGGGUCCUGAACCCGCUGCUGGCCAGCUUCUUCAGCAAGGUCAUGGGCAUCCUCAUCAACCGCAAGACAGACCAGAUUGUGGCCUUCCUGCGCAAGAAGGACGAUUUCGUGAGCCUGCUGCUGCGGCACAUCGGCACCUCGGCCAUCAUGGACCUGCUGCUACGCCUGCUGACCUGCGUGGAGCAGCCGGUGCUGCGCCAGGAUGUCUUCAACUGGCUGAACGAGGAGAAGAUCGUGCAGAGACUGAUCGAGAUGAUUCACCCUUCAAAAGACGACAAUCAACAUUCCAAUGCCGCCCAGUCCCUGUGUGACAUCAUCCGACUGAGCCGGGAGCAGAUGAUGCAGAUUCAGGACAGCCCCGAACCUGACCAGCUGCUGGCCACGCUGGAGAAGCAGGAGACGGUGGAGCAGUUGCUGGGGAACAUGCUGGCGGGCGAGCGGGACGAGUCCGUCAUCGUCAGCGGGAUCCAGGUGCUGCUGACGCUGCUGGAGCCGCGCCGAGCCAGGUCCGAGGCCGGGGGGAUGGGCAGCUUUUACUGCCCCCUGGAAGGGCAGCUGGAGCUGGGGCCUCUGGGCUCGGACGGCAGCGCCUGCCAGGCCAGCCCCAGCACCUUGCUGGCCCUCAGAGGUUACCUCCGGGACUUCCACCAGCUGCUGAUCGACCCCCCGAAGCGGCCGGCCCUGCAGAUGACGUGGGGGCUGCUGGACCCGCCGCUGGGGAACACGCGGCUGCAGGUGGUGAGGCUGCUGGGCAGCUCGCUGGGCGCCGGCGACGCGGGGCUGCAGGAGGAGCUGCUGGGCUUGGAUGCCCUCAACACCAUGCUGGACCUGUAUUUCAAAUACACCUACAACAAUUUCCUGCAUGCCCAGCUGGAGGCGUGUCUGAGCACCCUGCUGCGGGCCGGCGCCCCCCCCGAGGACUCGCAGCCCCCCCCAGACAGCCCCGUCGUCAAGCAU